AUGGCGAAUAACCAAACUAUGAAUGCACAGCCUAAAUUUCGAGGAACUGAGGGUGUCAAUAGAUAUUUGUAUGAUCAGUUAUGGAAGUUAUGUGCUGGACCUUUGUUUGAUCUCCCAAAAAUUGGAGAAGAAGUUUAUUAUUUUCCUCAAGGAAACAUAGAGCAGCUUGUAGCAUCAGCAAAUGACAACUUGUGCCAAUUAAAACCAAUUUUUGAUAUUUCUUCAAGAAUUCAUUGUAAUGUUAUUAGUAUCAAGCUUAAGGUGGAGACCAAUACAGAUGAAGUUUAUGCAAAAGUUUCGUUGUUGCCAUGUUCACCUGAAGUUGAGAUCACGUUUCCUAAUGACAACAAUGAACAAAACAUUAAAUAUUUUACUAAGGUGUUAACUGCUUCGGAUAUCGGCCCACAUGGUGAUUUUAUCUUAUUUAAAAAAGAUGCCAUUGAAUGUCUUCCUCCAUUGGAUAUGUCACAGCUAAUACCGAGUCAAGAGAUAGUUGCUAAAGAUCUCCAUGAUCAUGUCUGGAAAUUUAAACACACUUUUAGAGGUACACCAAAAAGACACCUUUUCACAUCUGGUUGGAAAGAGUUUGUAAAAGGAAAAAGUUUGGCCGUUGGAGACUCUUUUGUAUUCCUUAGGUAUAUACAUUUUGUCAUUUUAUAUCUCCUUUGUUUCUUAAUAUUUUGUAUUUUAAGUAUAUUUUGUUCAAGAGGAGAGAAUGGGGAAUCACGAGUUGGAAUUAGAAAAACAUCUCAUCAACAAAGCGACAUGUCAUCAUCUGUAAUUUCAAAAGAGAGUAUGCACCAUGGUUUCAUUGCUUCUGCAUCGAAUGCUAUUCACACCAAAUGUAUGUUCGAUGUGUUUUAUAAGCCAAAGUCGAGCAAAUUCAUUGUCAACUGCGACAAAUUCUUAGAUGCAGUGAACAUGAAGUUCAAUACAAGUUCAAGAUUUACUAUGAAGUUUGAAGGACAUGAUUUCAAUGAAAUAAUAUAUUCUGGGACAAUAGUAAAAAUGGAAGAUUUCUCCAUUUAUUGGAAGGGUUCAGAAUGGCGAAACCUACAAGUACAGUGGGAUGAAGCUGCAACAAUUCCAAGACCUAAUAAGGUCUCUCUAUGGGAGAUCGAGCCUUUAAUACCUUCAUCAAACAUUCUCAAGUCAGUUAUUCAAAAUAACAAACGCCAACGCGAAAUAAACGAAUUUGGUCCUAUUAUUUCCAAACCAGAUUACAAUGACCAAAUGGUCCAGUCAACAAAAGAAAAUUCAACCACCAAUGCAUCUAGUAGCUUCAGAUUGUUUGGAGUUGAUCUAACGGCUUCUAGCAAAGCAAGAGAUGUUUUGGAACCACUCGAAUCAUACCAAAAGAAUAAAACUUCUGAAAUCUUUGAAGAAGAAAAUCUUGAUCAAACUCAAGCAGUGACAUCACUAACAGAAAUCCAAAGGAAGGAACUAAGUUUUACUACAAGUAGUACUAAGGUUCACAUGGAAGGUGUUACUAGAACUGUGGAUUUAACUGUUUUUGAUGGAUACAAUCACAUGAUCGUUGAACUAGAAAAACUCUUUAAUAUCGAAGGCAAGUUGCAUAUGCACAGUCAAUGGAAACUAACUUUUAAAGAUCAUGAAGGAGAUAUGAUGCUUGUUGGAGACGAUCCAUGGCCGUAAGUUUCCACUUUCUUCUUCUCCUAAUUUUUGGGAAAAUAAAAACUUAAUGUGUUUUUGAUUUUGUGUAGGAAAUUUUGCAAUAUCGUGAAGGAAAUAGUCAUAUCUUCCAAAUAGGAUGCCAUAAAAUGAAAUUUGAGAAUCAAUUCUCUAAAAGUGACUCAGAAUUUACAACAAUAAUUUCACCAUCAGACGUGGACGACAGUCAAAGAGGAGUUUUGUUAUUUUAAUGCUUUUUUAUAUAAUAUUAUGGAUUGGUCAAUGUUUGCGUGGGAAGUUUACUUUCAUUAAGUCUUCGUUUAACCUUUGUUUUUAACUUGAAGAGUUUGGUUUUAUGUUAUGUGUGAUUUUUAUUAUUGUGAUUGCUCUUCUUUAUUUUUUAUCAACUUUUUGUUAUAAGGAGAUUAAGACUCAGUUUCGUUGCAUUUACUAAAUUUCCUUAUACAGUUACUGAGAUAGUUUGAAUGGGACUAUGUUCUGUUUUUAUUUUGGCGAUGUAAAUUUUAAUCAUUUUCUUAUUUUAAAUCAUCUUGUUUCAUGUCUGCUCUUAUGUGUUUUUGGUAAGUUGUUUUAUAUUUCAUUUUGUUUGAAUUGUGCAAGUAUAUAUUUUUAUUUCCAUUUCAAUAUUAGAAUUAUGGUUGAGUUUUUUUAAAAUUAUGUAUGUAACCUUUUAAUUUAGUUAUAUACAAUAACUGUAGAUCUCUUAUUUAUAUCAUGUAAGCAAACUUUUAUUUUGUU